CCGUAUGUACCCCCUUAAUUUUGUUUUCAGAUACGUGCCUUUGUGCACGGUGGAAAAGUGUAGACUGAUGGCCUGUAGAGGCAGACAUUGAAUUAGAGAAUUUAGAUAUAGAUUCUCCUGUUCGUGAAGAACAAUCUUCAAAAUGCGUCGUAGAGUGACUGGAACAGCGUUGGAGAUGCUGGGCUGUGGUACAAUAACCAGCCCACGGGUGAGCCGUCUUGUGCUGGCCCCCGUCACAAAAACCAUCUCCCCUCUCUCGGCCACAACAGACGGGGAAAGAUUUCGUUCAACGUCUUCAAUUCAACAAGGAUAUACAGAGCUGGCGCGAGAGAGGUCCAAAACUGUCACGUCGUUUUACAACCAGUCUGCAAUCGAUGUUUCAGCAGAGAAGGCCUCGGUCAGACUGACACCAGCAACCCUGUUGUAUGCUGGGAAGUCUCCAGAUGGACAUCAUGUCUUGAGCAGUGCUACGUAUCUACACAAGGAGUUGCCGGUGCGUAUUGCCCACCGCAUCAAGGGCUUCCGCAGCCUUCCCUUCAUCAUUGGCUGCAACCCAACCAUACUGCAAGUGCAUGAACUCUACAUUCGAGCCUACCACAAGCUCUGCGAGUUCCCUCCGAUCAAGGACCAGGAGAUGGAGGGUCGCUUCAGUAAGCUAGUCCAGCAGCUGCUGGAUGACCACAAAGACGUGGUCACCCUCCUCGCCGAGGGCUUCAGGGAAUGCCGCAGACACAUCCAGGAUGAGACCUUGGUCCGUAACUUCCUGGACACCACCCUCACCUCUCGUCUUGGAAUCAGGAUGCUGGCCACCCAUCAUCUGUCCCUGCAUGAGGAGAAUAUCACACAACACAUGAGCAACCCCGAAAAUCCUGAUUUCGUUGGUAUCAUCUGCCGGCGUCUUUCCCCCAAAAAGAUCAUUGAGAAGUGGGUGGACUUUGCAAGGCGUCUGUGUGAGCACCAGUACGGUAACUCGCCCCGGGUGAGGAUCAACGGCCACGUGGCGGCCCGCUUCCCCUUCAUCCCCCUCCCCCUGGACUACAUCCUGCCCGAGCUGCUCAAGAACGCCAUGAGGGCCACCAUGGAAAGCCACCUGGACACGCCGUACAACGUGCCAGAUGUAGGCGUCACCAUUGCCAACAAUGACACAGACUUUGUCAUCAGGAUCUCGGACCGUGGUGGCGGCAUUCCUCACAGCAUCAUAGACAAGGUGAUGGACUACCACUUCAGCACGGCAGAGGAGAGUGCCCAGGACCCGCGCAUGAACACCCUCUUCAACAACAUCACCAACAGUGGCCCCCAGUCAGGCCCCAUGCACGGGUUUGGCUUUGGCCUUCCUACCUCCAGGGCUUAUGCAGAGUACCUGGGCGGAUCUCUGUCCAUCCAGUCCAUGCAGGGCAUCGGCACGGAUGUCUACCUGCGCCUGCGCCACAUCGACGGCAAGGGAGAGAGUUUCCGUGUCUGAGACGCCCUGCUGCUCAGCCUGGGAAACCCCAGAGAGGUGGCAAGAUGGGAUUCGCCCAGUAUUCCUCAACUGGGAAGCUUGGUCACUUCAACGCCGGCUGGCGUUCCACCAUUCUGCAGUCCAGAACAUUUCAAGCGGCCGAGUGGCUUCUGACUAACUCAACUCUACUUCUUGUCCCUUUUUUGGCCUCAGGCUGAAAAGACUGGAAGAGCUUCUUCUGAGUUGGCACUUCCAACUUCUUCUUUUUUUUCUGUCACUUGUCUGCGUAACGUGAGGGUUUGUGAACUUUUGCACUUAUGUCAUCAGAGUGCAUGGUGGUUAGUGUUGGUGUUGUGACUUUGGUAGAACAAGAAAGGGGGGAACAAAGAUCUCCAGCCUUAAAGAUAUUGAUUUGUCAUUUACUUAUUUUUUAAGACCAAUGCUGAUGAGAGUGGUCUUGUGUCUGAAAUGCAUUAGGAUUUAGAUUAAGUUGGUUUUUGCAAGACCUUAUCUUGAAUUACCUGUGAAAGACACCAUGGAGAAAACUGCCAAAACACGUGUGGAAGAGCGUGCAUGUUAUUGGGGAGAAACUAAAAGUUAAACUUUUGGUUUAGUACAGUUUUGUGAGCGCUAUCAGGUGAGGAGAUGGGCAGAGAUGUUCUGUUGCCUUACUGUAUGCUGCUGGUCCUCAGGACAGUAUACUGAUUUUACUUAAACAUUAACCAGUUCAAUAGCCUUUCUGUCAUGCAAUUUGACAUAUAUACCACACCAGAUGAGAGAGAACUGACCUGUUUUAUCCCUCUGUGGAUGAUUAUUGGAAAUGCUAAUCAUCACUUGCAGCAUAGAAGUUUAUCAGUUACAUACUUUAGGUUCAAAACACCAGAAGAGGUGUUUUGUGUUAGUUUAUUGCGUCUUUAUCUACAAAAAAGAGAAUUUGAAGUAUAUCCAUUUUUAUUAUUUGCUUGUUUCCUUUUAUUUGAAAUACACUUUGAAUAUUAUUUUUCUUUGUUACUGACACACAUUCCGCGACGGGUCAAAUAUCAAAACUAAGGAAAACUUUACUUUGUAGUACUAUAGUAGUAGUAGUAAUUUGAGGAGAAUGAUGGAAUCAUGUAAAUACAGUAUUCUGGACUUGAACUAGAAUUCUGGAGAAAGGUACAUCCUUUAGUAUCCACUAGACUGUAUAAUAAAGGAUUGUAGGCACCUGCAUAAUAAUAGUUCCUUGUGAUUUUAAAGGUUUGGGUGGCCCAAGAUUCUUCUAGCAUGAGAAUUACAAUUUGACAGACCGCACCUCAUGAAGGACUGUUGUCCGCGUGCGCCAUCUGCUGGCAAAAUAAAAGAAUACUUACAGACCCUCAAAAAUAGAUGGUAAAGUAUCUUUUGAUAUUAGAAAUUAAAAUGAAGUGUAAUACAUAUUUGUUCCUUUAUUAUCUUUAAAAGUAUGAUAAAGCUGAAACAUUCUUGAUUUUGUGGUCUUGAAAUGGAAGACACAUACCCAUACUCAUGUGUUUCUUGUAUUUCUUCUUUAGGCCAAAUAACUGAAUGGUGUUACUGACAGUAUGCACUGGUGUGGAUUCUGCGGAUGUCUGAUUUUUUGUAUGUUUGUGUCCUCAAGACCUGUCAUUAGUUUAUAGUUAUUGGGCAUUAUUAAACUCUCAACAACA